UUUGAAUGCAGAGCAGAAGCCAUGGCUCAAGGAGGAAGCAUCUGAUGGGAUCUCCUCUGCACCUGCCUGGCAGCUCAGAGCAGCCCUUCUGAACAGGCUGCUUCUUCAGUUACCUGAACUUCUGGUGGCAGGAGCCACCUUCAUAUUUGUCUUGUCAGGAUUUAGUCCCAGCAUUAUCAGGUUUGGAGGCUCGUUUUGCAGUGGCUGCACGCUGCCACCAUGGCACCCAGGCUCCCGGGAAUGGGGCCCUUCUCCCUCCUCAGCCUUGGAGUCCUGCUCCUGCUCCUGGCUCUCCCUGCUGAUGCUGGGCUCUCUCAGAAGCACGUCUCAGACGUGGUGGAUGACAGCAAGGACAACAUCACCAUUUUCACACGCAUCCUGGACCGGCUCCUGGACGGCUACGACAACCGCCUGCGGCCCGGCCUCGGAGACAGUGUAACUGAAGUCAAGACAGACAUUUACGUGACGAGUUUCGGCCCUGUCUCGGACACAGACAUGGAAUACACCAUUGACGUCUUUUUCCGGCAGUCCUGGAGAGAUGAAAGGCUGAAGUUUGAUGGUCCCAUGAAAAUCCUUCCCCUGAACAACCUGCUGGCCAGCAAGAUCUGGACUCCUGACACGUUCUUCCACAACGGGAAGAAAUCUGUUGCCCACAACAUGACCACCCCCAACAAGCUGCUGCGCCUGGUGGACAACGGCACCCUGCUGUACACCAUGAGGCUGACCAUCCACGCCGAGUGCCCCAUGCACCUGGAGGACUUCCCCAUGGACGUGCACGCCUGCCCCCUGAAAUUUGGGAGCUAUGCCUACACAAAGACAGAGGUGAUCUACACCUGGACCCUGGGGAAGGACAAAUCUGUGGAAGUAGCCAAGGGUGGAUCCCGCCUGAACCAGUAUGACCUGCUGGGCCACGUGGUUGGCACGGAGAUGGUUCGAUCCAGCACAGGGGAAUAUGUCGUGAUGACCACGCACUUCCACCUCAAGAGGAAGAUUGGGUACUUUGUGAUCCAGACCUACCUGCCCUGCAUCAUGACUGUCAUCCUGUCCCAGGUCUCCUUCUGGCUCAACAGGGAGUCUGUCCCUGCCCGCACGGUUUUUGGUGUCACCACGGUGCUCACCAUGACCACACUAAGCAUCAGCGCCAGAAACUCCUUGCCCAAGGUGGCGUACGCGACGGCCAUGGACUGGUUCAUAGCCGUCUGUUACGCCUUUGUGUUUUCUGCGCUGAUCGAGUUCGCCACCGUCAACUACUUCACCAAGCGCAGCUGGGCCUGGGAUGGCAAGAAGGUGCUGGAGGCCCAGGAGAUGAAGAAGAAAGAGCCGGUGGCGCUGGCCAAGAAAACCAACAACACCUACAACAUCGUUGGCACCACCUACGCCCUGAACAUCUCCAAGGAGCCCGGCCUGCCCACCAUCUCCAAGAGUGCUGCUGCCACUGCCACGGCCGCCAGCGUGCCCCCCAAGCUGCCCCGCCUGGAGGAGAAGCUCCCCGAGAGCAAGAAGACCUACAACAGCGUCAGCAAGGUAGACAAGAUGUCCCGCAUCGUCUUCCCAGUGCUCUUUGCCAUUUUCAACCUGGUCUACUGGGCCACCUAUGUGAACCGGGAGUCAGCUAUCAAGGGAAUGAUCCCCAAACAGUAAAACAGGUCACACAAACCUUCCAUCUGUCAGCAUCAUCCCAGCAGGAAUUCUCCAGGGCUUUCUUCUUUUCUUGUUUGGUUUAAUUAUUAUUGUUCAUUUGAUAUUAUGAUUAUGGUUAUUAUGAUUAUUAUUAUUAUUAUGUCACUCUUUUAUAAUGUAAACAAAACUGUGAUUUUAAUUUAAUCCCAUAUAUACUUUGGUUUGGUUUACUUUGAUGAUGAAAGCUAAAAAAAAAUAAUAAGGGAUCAUAACAAGUUGUGCCUCUAACAUCUGAAGUCUGCUGUCACCCAUCUGACCAAGUCCCCCUGUGCUGCCAUCUCUCCUCUGCCACCUCCUGUGGUCCCCAUGGUCUUCAUGCCUCUGCCAUUUCAUGCUCCUUCUCCUGUGGGAUGGGCUGCCCUGGCAUGGGAGAUGCUCCUGGACACCUGGCUGCAGGCUGUGCCACUCACUCAGCCUGGCUCCUGCACCCGGGCUGUGAGUGCAGGUGAGCUGGUCACCUGUGGGGACAGGGGAGCAGCCUGGCAUGGGCCAGCUGGGGCAAUCCUACCACUGCUGUGGUCCCCAGAGCCAUUGCAGGGGUGGCAGCCUCUUGUAGUUAUUUCAGGUCUUCUUCCUCUCUGUCUUCACCAAACCCAGCUGGGUUUGUCUCUCCAGACCAGAAAGGCCCUGUCUGGCCGACAUCCUGCACUGUUGGGGCAGUUUGUGUUAGCAGGAAGUGUGGUUCACACCAGAGAAUUCAUUUUUCUCAGCCAGGAAGUCCAGGCAGAAGCUUUACAAAGCCUUGGAGGAGAUGGCAGCUGUGGGGCUGCAUGCACCCAGCAUCAGGCCUGGCAACCACAGAGCUCCUGCUCAGGGGGAUGGUCUGGCACUUCCUUAUGGCCCCAUCAACUCAUCCUUCUUAGUAGG